CACCCGUCGUCCCCACCCCGGGAGCACAUGCCCUUCCUGACUUCUAACUCCUCAGGCGUGGCGUCCUGCACCUGCACGAGAGCAGCGGGAUCCAUGACAUCGGCCUGCCCCAGUGGCAACUCUCACUCUGUCUGAUGGUCGUCGUGGUCAUCCUGUAUUUUAGCCUCUGGAAAGGAGUGAAGACCUCAGGAAAGGUGGUGUGGAUCACGGCCACGCUGCCCUACCUCGUGCUCUUCGUGCUCCUGGUCCACGGCGUCACGCUGCCCGGCGCCUCCAACGGUAUCAACGCCUACCUGCACAUCGACUUCUACCGCCUAAAAGAGGCCACGGUAUGGAUCGAUGCGGCAACUCAGAUCUUUUUUUCCUUGGGGGCUGGAUUUGGAGUCCUGAUUGCGUUUGCCAGUUACAACAAAUUUGACAACAACUGCUACAGGGAUGCCCUGCUCACCAGCACCAUCAACUGUGUCACCAGCUUCGUCUCCGGCUUUGCCAUCUUUUCCAUCCUCGGUUACAUGGCCCACGAACACAAGGUCAACAUUGAGGACGUGGCCACUGAAGGUGGGUGGGCAGACACGAGAGGGGCUGAGAAAGCCAGCGCGCCCCUGGCCGGCGGCUUUCCUGUGGGUGGCUGUGGGGACCAGAGGGCUGGACCUGGAAACUUCCACACCGUCCGGAUCACGGGCUUUCUCUGA